ACUUAGGUUGGGAGGCUGGAUGUAAAAAUACCUUGUGACUGAGGAGGGAGGUUGGAACUGCUGCUGGAGUCAGACUUACUUACCCUGAGAAGAAGAGGAAGGAGCAGCUGUGGUGGUGGGAUGGCCUGUGCUUUCAGCUGAUCGGAGGGAACUGAGGUUUGUCCAUGGAGAAAUCCAAGGGUCCCACCACUGGAUUUACAAAAGCCACCUGUGGAUGGAGAGCCCUGCUUCUCCCGCAGCUGAACAGACAGUCCCUGUACGUGUACGGCAGCGAGGUGGCCGUGGAGAAGGAGUGCAAGCGUCAGCUGGAGAGCGGAGUCUUUGUCAUUCACCCCUUCAGCCCCAUGAGGAGUUACUACAUCAUGGUGAUGAUGGCCAUCACCUUUCUGAACCUGAUUGGGAUUCCCAUGGAGAUAGCGUUCCUGGAUGGUGACAGUGGCCUGGCCUGGGAGAGUUUCAACGUGUUCUCAGACACGUUGUUCCUGCUGGACGUGGUUCUGAACUUUCGGAUGGGCAUCAUAACGGAGGACGCUGAGGAAGCUAUUCUGGAUAUCAAAAGAAUCCGGGUUAGUUACCUGAGGACAUGGUUCAUACCUGAUGUCAUAGCGGCCUUCCCGAUCGGAUACAUUCUGCUGUUUGCGGACUUACAUUACCACAAUGACGACAACCCAUCCAAGGCCAACAAGAUGAUGAGGAUACUGAUGUUUGUGCGAAUCCUGAGCUUGAUCCGGCUGGCUCGAGUGUCCAGAUUGGUCAGGUUCUUCAACGAAGUUGAGAAAGUGUCAAAUGCAAACCUGGAGGUGGUUCGCCUUUUCUUCCGCAUCCUGUCCCUCUUCAUGAUGAUUUUUUUGCUGUGUCAUUGGAACGGCUGCAUCCAGUACUUCGUCCCCAUGUUGGAGGAGUUUCCCACCGACUGCUGGGUUCGCAAGGAAAACCUGAUGAAUGCCACGGUCAUCGUUAAAUACUCUUGGGGAGUUUUCCGAGCUCUUUCCCAGAUGAUUGCUCUCUCUUAUGGAUCCAUGGAUGCUCCAACAAAUUACAUAGAGAUGUGGAUUGUGAUGGUCAGCAUGGUGUCCGGUUGUAUGAUGUAUACCAUCCUUGUAGCCAACGCUACCACCAUGAUCGCAAACCUCGACCCAGCAGCCAAGGAAUACAAAAGCAAGAUGAGUCGCUUGGAGCAUUACAUGGCCUUCAUGAAGCUGCCGCCAGAGCUGCAUCUUCGUAUCACCAACUACUACCAGGCACGCUAUGGAGGGAAGUGGUUCGAUGAGAAAUACAUCAUGGACACAAUAUCCUCAUCACUUAAAGAGCAAAUCCUGAUGGUGAUGUGCAGCCAGCUGCUGAAGAAAGUGCCAAUGUUUCAGAACAGAGACGAAAACUUCAUCAACGAUGUCCUCCUAAAACUACAUUAUGAGGUUUUCCAGGAGGGAGACGUCAUCGUUCGACAGCACGUCCCCGGCGAUCGCAUGUUCUUCAUCGAUCACGGAGAGCUCCUGAUGGAGACUGAGUCCUAUGAGAGGGAGCUCUGUGAUGGAGACUUUUUUGGAGAGACAUGCGUGCUGACCAAAGGCAAGCAUCUGGCCACAGUCAAGGCGCUGACUGACUGCCAGUGCUUCUCUUUGUCCUGUGACGACUUUCAGGAGACGCUCGGGGGCUUCCCAGACAUCAAGAAGGACUUAGAAAAAAUUAUCCUCCUCAACUCUGAGGGUGGAGUUGUGUAAGACCAAAGAGCAGAACUAUUUCUGUAAAGGACCGAAUCUAAUCCUAUGCACUUCCAGGGCAUUUGGUUGGCUAUGGGGCGGCCAUUUAAGAGUUUUGCACAGUGAUAAAGUUGAGCACCUUUAAAAUGGUGAGACGGAUUUUUCAGCUCUAAAACCUACUGAUCUGCAGACUGAAGAAAACAAAGACCUCAACAUUUCAGGGGAAUUUGGGUUUUCUGCCUUUUAUUUGUUGAAUUAUUACAGUUAGUCGCAAAAAUAACAACACAAAAUGGAAACCUCUUCGCUCUGGUUACUGUCUGAUUGGAGCUCAAUCUGCUUAAACGUAGUUUAAUCAUUAUUUAUUCACCUAAAUAAGUAUUUAUUUCAUGCUUCUAGGAACCAUAGACGUGUCACUUGGGUGUUUCACAGAAGAUACCGUAUAGUUCAGAGGGUUAUAUACAUUCACCGUGGGUUUGAUUUUAAUAUUAAAAUUGGGCUUUUAAUCAUAUGAUCAAGACUUUAUCUUAGUAUUGAAUUUUACUGCCUCUAAUACCCAAUUUAAAUGUAGUUAAGAUCACAAAGAGCAGCAGCAUUGUUAUGAAGAGAGAAUGAGAAAAAGAGUCUGAAAUAGGUUUUAACCGUAAUCAGUAUCGUCAUAGGAAUUUGGACCACAUCCACAUUUUUAAUAAUCUACUUCUGAUCAACAUUUAGAUAAAAAUUUAGGCAAAAAUAGGGGUUUUAUCAAGACAAUGAUCCCAAACAGUCAUUCAAAUUUGUUCUGAAGGCGAAAAUAAAGUGAAAAUCUGUUUUUUUAAAUAGCCUAUAGCUAAGAUAUUUUUAGAGUUGUGUUUAAAAGUCAGGUUACCAACCAUUUUAAAUAAAACGCAUUAAUCUAAGCUCGUAAUAUUAAAUCUGCGUGGCUCAGUAAGACAUAGCUUCAAAUCUAAAGAGGUUCACCUAUUUCCAGGGGCGGAUAUAGAAAAUUUUCAGGGGGGCACAAAAUGUCUAAGCAGAGCAGCAAUACUGGAACUCUCCAUCGAAAUAUUUCAGAAAUCUCUUCCAUGUAAAAAGAAGAGAAUCAAAAAUUCAUUUAAAAAAAACACUUGAAAAAGUUAAUUUGGUAAUUUUCUCUUCUAAGAAACAUACACAAUCUUUUGAUAAAGACUAACCGAGAAAAACACAUUUUCCACUAAAUAAAUAAUUACAGAAGUCAGAAAAUGAAUUAAAUUACCAAAUAGGACUGAUUUUAGCCAUCGAGUUCAGGAGAUUUUAAGGCAAUGAUUGUUGUGCUGAGGAGUAAAAUGUCUCAUUAAGGAAAAAAUAUAUAUCUCUUUACUGGAAUUUAUACAGAAAAUAAAUUCAAAGCAGGUGAUCCGUUUAGAUAGACUGGAUUCCAUGAUUCGGUGCCUUUCUGUUCUCCUUCAUCUGUGUCCUAUAUAUUUUCAUCUUUCUCUCUCUUUGUCUCCAACAUCUUCUCAUCUUCACCUUUAUGCUAACAUUUAUUUUCCUAAUUUCCACUCUCCAUCUGUCCCACAAUGAGUGACCUCUCCUGUGACCCUCCUGGUCUUUUUAUCAUCCUUCUUUCCUGUAAUCUCACAGACAUUUCUCACUUCUCAUCCCUCCCUACUUUUUACCAAAGAAACUAGAAAAGUUCCGCGUUUAAAUCUGCAGAAAAAUUAUCACAGCAAGAAGCCUAAAGCAAUAUGAAGCCAGAAAUUAUUUAUCAAUGGUGUUAAAAACCAUACUAUUUAAAAAUCCUGUCAUCAUGGCAGCUGAUUUAUUUUAUUUAUAUAUGAAAUAGAUAUAAUAGUAUAUGAUAUAUAUAUAUGAAAUAUUAUGGUAAAAGAAUGUUUGAUUUAAGGGCAGCUUUUGGACAAAACAAACCAUUUCAAAUAUUUUUAAACAUAAUUAAUAAAAAGCCAACACAUGUUGGCUCUGAUAUAAAAAUAGGAAGGCAGUGGCACCCUUUAGCCCCCUGUAGAUUUGCUCCUGCCUAAUUUUAGUUUUUUAAAUCCAUUGAAACUAUAUGUUGCAUUAUCAUUCCACCCUGAAAAAGAGAAGUCCAGAUAGUUCAUCAAAUGCCCAACAUUAAUAUGACUUUCCUGCAGGGUUUUGAUGUAUAAUAAUGCCUGUCGCUGCGCACACAAAUUCACUCUUUGGGUUUUGUUUGUUUUUUGAUUGUGUGAGGCUGGGUUAUUUGGGGUUUCUUUUGUGCUGCAUUAUUUAUUUAUUUUUCUAAAUACGUUUAAGCUGUUGUAAAACAUAAACCCUGUAAAGUCAAUUCUCUAGCUUAUUAUAGGCACCAAACGGUAAGUGAGAACAAAAAUAUGGAGGAAUCAAUGGUCUCCCCACAUGAGACUGGAACUGACAUGUUCAAGGUGAAGCAAAAGCAGCAAACAAUAACUGCUUUGUAUAUUUGCCUCCCCCACCUACUGUAGAAGCAGUGCUGCAGAGACCUUCACACCAAAGGCCAGUUUAUAGUCCACAAUUAAUCUAAAAAGCUUGGUUACUUUUUGGCCUGAGGGAAAAACCAACAUAGGAGUUGGAAGAACUUUCUCUUAUCUCUUUUUAGGACACUUUAGAGCUCAGAGUGGAAGCUCUGUGUAUUCAAAUUAAAUAAAUUCAGGUUAUUUAUAUAACACAAUUUUAUUGAAUGAAUUCCAUCUAAUCAUACAGACAGAUGUACUACAUCCAUUGUUUCCAUGAAUACUGAAUGAACACCAUCUUUAAAGAAAAAAAAAAGGUGUGGAUCGUAUUUAAACGAAGCUCAUAUAAUAUUAAUGUUAUAUGUCCAUUUAUUCUCUUUCAAUAUAGUCUAUAAAUCUGCUUUUGAUUCAUUUUUCUCCUUUUUUGACAAUAGUGGCCUUAACAUUACAGACAAAAAGUAAUACAAUAGAACUGCACUUGAAAAACAAUCUAGAAAUAAGUAC